AUGACUGAUGACUAUCAAGGCCUUCAUCUGGACAAUGAGGAGAGCGACCAUCAUCAGCUCAGAGAGGGACCUCCUCCUCCCAGGUCCGUCCUGAGACGUCUCUGCUCCGGACCCUGCCUCCUCCUGGUCUCCCUGGUCCUCAGCGUCCUGCUGCUGGUUGUCGUCUGCGUGAUCGUAUCUCAAAACUCCAAGCUGCAGGAGGAGCUGCUGGCCCUGAGAGAGACAGUCAGCAACUUCACCGUGAACACUAAGGCUGAGGUCAAGGUGCUGAUCUCGCAGGGAGGCAGUGUGAACCGCAAGAUGAAGAAUCUAGAAUCCCAGCUGUCGAAGCAGGAACAGUUCAUGAACGAAGAUCACUCCAGCUUGCUACUCCACAUGAAACAUUUCGUGUCUGGCCUGCGCAGCCUGACCUGUCAGCUCUCUAUCCUCCAGGGCAAUGGUACAGAAAGGCCCUGCUGUCCCGUUAACUGGGUGGAGUUUGAAGGCAGCUGUUACUGGUUCUCUCGCUCUGGGAGGUCCUGGCACGAAGCUCAGAAGUACUGCCAGCUGGAGGAUGCUCACCUGGCCGUGGUCACCUCCUGGGAUGAGCAGAAUUUUAUCCAGCAUCAUGCAGGCUAUGCAAACACCUGGAUGGGCCUCACAGAUGAAAGCGGGCCCUGGAAAUGGGUGGAUGGGACAGACUACGAGUCAGGCUUCAAGAACUGGAGGCCGGAGCAGCCAGAUAACUGGUUUGGGCAUGGCCUCGGGGGAGGCGAGGACUGUGCCCACUUCACCGACAAUGGCCGCUGGAAUGAUGAUGUCUGCCAGAGGCCCUAUCGCUGGGUCUGUGAGACGAAGCUGGACAAGGCCAACUAGGAGCCUCCUCUCCCCCUAAUUUAUUUCCUCAAUGCCCUGACCUAUCCCAAGGUCCCGGGAUUGGGAAUCCUCCAAUCUGGGGACCCCUUUCACCAUCUAGAAUUGUAG